AUGGCGGAGCCCACGGCGUUUGGACCGGCGCCCAUCCCCAGGCAUUUUGUCCUGUGUUUUGACGGUACCGGGAAUAAAUUCCAGGGAGAUGAAAGCGACAGUAAUGUCCUAAAGAUUUUCCGAGUAAUGGUUUUUCGUAAUCAACAGAUGCUGGACCGUAGCCAAAGCCAUCAAUUCCACUACUAUCAACCAGGAAUUGGAACCUACGUGACUACCAAUAAUCUCUCCAGCACUGGCCGAUUCCAACGGAUCAAGUCCGCUUAUAUGAAGGCCAAGGACUCCGCCGUCGGAUCCUCUUUUGAUCAACAUGUUAUGGGAGGAUACAAGUUCCUCAUGCGAUACUAUCAGCCAGGCGACGAGAUAUAUUUUAUUGGCUUCAGCCGAGGCGCCUACAUUGCACGCUUCCUCGCUGAAAUGCUCGAUUAUAUCGGUCUUCUGGAAGCGGGCAAUGAGGAACUGACUCGGUUCGCAUGGAAGACGUUUGCCAAGUGGCAGCAACGUCGCGACGAUACCGAGGGAGAUCACGAGGAGAAGCGGAAAUUGUUCAAAUAUAUGAAGGCUUUCCGCGAAACGUUCAGUCGGCCGAUUACGAGGAUCAAAUUCAUGGGUCUGUUUGACACGGUCAACAGCGUGCCAAGGUUUGAGUCGGCCUGGAUGCAGAGAAGCAAGUUUCCGUACACUGCUCGCAGUUCAGCCAAGGUCAUUCGACAUGCAGUGGGUAUUGACGAGCGGCGGGCAAAGUUCCGGCAGGACCUUAUCUCGGAAGUGAAGCCAUGUAUGAACAAAAAAAGACAUCAUCAUGAUUGGAGACGUCAUUAUCUGCACCCACUUCGCCGUGGCUCAGAAAAGCCCGACAAUGUUCCCGCGAUUGUGGUCGACGGCGCGCAAGCCCCGGAGGAUGGAAGUCACGGACCGGCAUGCGCAGAAAAGGAGGAGACGCCUUCGCUCUAUCGAAGCGGACAUUGCUCCCAGGAAAAUAACAAGGCUCGCCAAAUCAGCCUCGCCGUCCCGAUGCUGACCGGCUCUACGGAGGAUUUAACUUCGAUCCGAAGCGGGCACUCGGGACUCUCCGUGCAGAUUCCCGGCGACGGACGGCAAGGCGACGAUGAUGAGGCAAGCCCCCAGGAUAUCCAAGAAGUGUGGUUUCCCGGCGCCCACGCGGAUAUCGGUGGAGGUUGGAAACUGGAAGAGGGCGAAGAAUGGCCUCUCAGCCACGCUCCCUUAGUUUGGAUGGUCCAGGAGGCCCAAAAGGCCGGUCUCCAGCUCGACCCCCUCAAGGUCAAGCAAUUUGAAUGUUCCGAGGAAUUUGACGGUGACUAUUCUCCCAUUCGAGGGAACAUCCACUGGAAUCAAAACGGAUUAGGCCAUGAGAAGGAGUACGGCCCGAACACCAGAGCCCAUGAAAACGGAUAUCCCACCUUCAAGGUCACCGACACGGACGCAAAACAGCGGUCCAAGGCGAGCAGUAACUUUCUAGAUGCCCUCCAUGGUUCCAGCACAGUCGGCACUUUGCAUGACUGUCUGUCCUUCGGCAAUGGUCUGCCGGCGCUCUCGGUGAUCACCUGGCGGAUUAUGGAAUACCUCCCCUUCCGGCGCAUGGACCUUCAAGAAGAUGGAUCCUGGAAGCCGAUUUCAUGGCCCUUGCCCUGUGGAGAAGUCCGCGAUAUCCCCAAAGAGGCGCAGAUCCAUGUGUCCGCCAUCCGCCGGAUGAUGGCGAACGAGGGUUACCGCCCUGGCAAUCUCAUCAUUGGCGGAGGUGGGCGUGGAGUCAAGCUCGCUCCCGAGAAGUACGGAAUCGGCGAGUGGGUGGUCAAGGACCACCACGGAGAUCCGGUGCGAGAGAUCUAUGAGCGCAAAUGCGUGUCCAAGAUGUGCAAAGAAGACGGCCAUUAG